AUGAGCCUCCUCAACCAGUUCUUCUCGUACCGCACCGAGCCCAUCAUCGUGACGCAGAUCACCGUGCAGGUGGCCUCGCUCCCUCUGGGCCACUUCCUCGCGCGCGUGCUGCCGGCCCGCAAGUUCAAGGCCCCCGCGCUCCACGGCCUCGGCGGCGGGGAGUGGAGCCUCAACCUCAACCCGGGCCCCUUCAACGUGAAGGAGCACGUGCUCAUCUCCAUUUUCGCCAACGCCGGCUGCGCCUUCGGCAAUGGCUCCGCCUACGCCGUCAUGAUCGUCGACAUCAUCCGCGCCUUCUACCGCCGGUCCAUCUCCUUCUUCGCGGCGUGGCUGCUCAUCACCACCACGCAGGUGCUCGGGUACGGCUGGGCGGGGCUCAUGCGCAAGUACGUGGUGGAGCCCGCGCACAUGUGGUGGCCCGGCACGCUCGUACAGGUGUCCCUCUUCCGAGCACUGCACGAGAAAGAGGUCGACGAGCCCGCCGCCGAGGCCGAGGGCGGCGGCGGUGGCUCACGUAGGAAUAGGAUGUCGCGGGCCAAGUUCUUCCUGGUGGCGCUCGCCUGCAGCUUCCUGUGGUACGCGGUGCCGGGCUACCUGUUCCCGACGCUGACGUCCGUGUCCUGGCUCUGCUGGAUCUUCUCCAAGUCGGUGACGGCACAGCAGCUGGGCUCCGGCAUGAGGGGCCUUGGCCUCGGCGCCUUCACCCUUGACUGGACGGCCGUGUCGUCGUUCCUCUUCAGUCCCCUGGUGUCGCCCUUCUUCGCCACCGCCAACAUCCUGGCCGGCUUCGUGCUCUUCAUGUACGUGAUCGUGCCGGCGGCCUACUGGGGGCUCGACCUGUACAACGCCCGGCGGUUCCCCAUCUUCUCGUCGCACCUGUUCAUGUUCGACGGGAAGAGCUACGACAUCACGUCCAUCGUGAACGAACGCUUCGAGAUCGACAUGGACGCGUACCAGCGGAGCGGGCGGAUCAACAUGAGCACGCUCUUCGCGCUGUCGUACGGUCUGAGCUUCGCGGCGAUCGCGGCCACCAUCACCCACGUCGCGCUGUUCCACGGGAAGGAGAUCUACUGCCGCUUCCGCGCGUCGCAGCAGAAGGACGACGAGCCUGACGUCCACACGAGGCUGAUGAAGAGGUACGAGGACGCGCCGGGGUGGUGGUUCCACGCGCUGCUCGUGCUGUCCAUCGGCGUCUCCCUCGUCCUCUGCACCGUCCUGAAGAAGGAGGCGCCGGGGCUCAACGUCAUAUCCGAGUACAUCAUCGGGCUCAUCCUCCCCGGCAAGCCGAUCGCCAACGUCGUCUUCAAGGCGUACAGGUACGUGAGCUCGUCGCAGGCCGUGUCGUUCCUCGCGGACUUCAAGCUCGGGCACUACAUGAAGAUCCCUCCUAGGUCCAUGUUCCUGGUGCAGCUCGUCGGGACGGUGGUUGCCGCCACGGUGAACCUCGGGGUGGCGUACUGGCUGCUGGGCUCCGUGCCCAACAUCUGCCAGGACACGCUGCUCCCAGCCAACAGCCCCUGGACGUGCCCGAACGACCGCGUCUUCUUCGACGCGUCCGUCAUCUGGGGCCUCGUCGGGCCGCGCCGCAUCUUCGGGGCGCUGGGCAACUACGGCGCGCUCAACUGGUUCUUCCUCGCCGGCGCCGCGGGCCCCGCCGUCGUGUACGCGCUCCACAGGGCGUUCCCGGCGCAGCGCUGGAUACGGAUGGUCAACCUGCCUGUGCUCAUCGGCGCGACGGCCGGCAUGCCUCCGGCGACGGCCGUGAACUACAACGCAUGGCUGCUAAUCGGCGUCGCCUUCAACUUCUUCGUCUUCCGGUACCGGAAGCGGUGGUGGCAGCGGUACAACUACAUCCUCUCGGCGGCGCUGGACGCCGGCGUGGCGUUCAUGGGGGUGCUCCUCUACUUCACGCUGUCGAUGGAGAACCGAAACAUCAGCUGGUGGGGCGCGGACGGGGAGCACUGCCCGCUGGCAUCGUGCCCCACGGCGGGAGGGGUGGAUUUGGGCCCUGACAGUGUCUGCCCUGUCCUGUGA